UCAUCUGUGAGACAACAAAUGCUCUUGUGUUAUUCCAACAUAAAAAAACUGUGGCUAUGCCUAGUUGUAGGUUUUGUUGAGCCUUUAUUGUACACAUGUUUAGGAUAAAGAAGACAUUUGUGCUCAGAUGAUUAAAAUAUUUGUACAAGAGAAGGAGACUGAAUAUUCAAAAAAGUUUUUCAUCAAAUUAAUGGAAAUGGAAAGCAACAUGACAGUUUCAUUAGAUAUCCUAGAGAUCCAAGGCUUUGACAUAUCUCCAGAGUUCACAUACCCUCUGUUUUUCUUACUGCUGUUUUUCUACUUUACCCUGCUUUUUUCUAACAUUGGAGUUCUUAUCCUCAUCAUCACUGAGAAGAGUUUGCACCAGCCGAUGUAUAUUCUGUUUUGUAAUCUGUCUGUGAAUGAUCUAAUAGGUAACACAGUCCUAUUGCCUCGGCUAAUGGCUCACAUCAUCUCAACAGAGCGGUUUAUCACCUACAACCAGUGUGCGGUUCAAGCCUUUUACAGCCACACGUUCGGAUCAGCUUCACAUAUGAUUCUCAUCAUUAUGGCAAUUGACAGAUAUGUGGCCAUAUGUCACCCCUUAAGGUACAGCUCAAUCAUGACCACUAAAACUGUGAUGUGGUUGUCAGCAACUGCAUGGGGGGUGUCAUUACUGCUUGUGUCUGUUCUCAUAGGUCUCACAGUGAGGCUGUCCCGUUGUAGAUCAGUUAUACAAAAUGCUUAUUGUGACAACGCAUCACUGUUCAAGCUUUCUUGUGACAAUGUGUCCAUAAACAAUAUCUAUGGACUCUUUUUCACUGUGCUGCUGUUUAGUUGCUCAAUUGGAGGCAUUGCUGUCACCUAUUUCCGAAUAGCUCUCAACUGCUGGAUCAAGAAAAACAAAGAGCUGAAUAGCAAAGCGCUGCAAACCUGUGCAAGCCACCUUGUUCUUUACCUCAUCAUGCUUUGGUCGGGGUUUUUAACAAUCAUAUUGCAUCGUUUCCCAGAUUACCCAGAUUUAAGGAAGAUUGCAUAUAUUUUAUUUCAUGUGGUUCCUGCUAAUUUAAAUCCACUCAUUUAUGGAAUGCAAACAAGGUCUUUACGGGAUAAAAUUUUCCAAAUACUUAAAAGAAAAGUGACUGCAAACUAAUUCCUUCUGUCUUUUGUUCAUACUUUGCUUAAAGCUAGGGUAGGUGAUGAUGGAGAAAGUAGCAAGAGACAGCUAGAUUUUGAAAGUAUCUAACCAAAAAAAAUCCCACCCACCCCCUUCAGGCCUGCUUCUAAAGCCAGUUUUCCAAAAAACAUUUUCAUGUGCAAUGAGUGCACAAGCAGAGAGCGCACAGGUAAACAGUCAAAUGGGCUUUAACACAGGCCUGACUGCCACAGAUACCAGAUUUUUCUCCCUGGAACCCUGGAACACAAAGAUAUUUUAUAUACAGAUGCCUGUUUCAAUUCAAACAAUAAUGUAACUUGCAGUUCCUUCUGCAUACUCUUGUAAGAAUGGGAUAUUCAUAUUUUGUAAGUAUAUAAUAAUAAUAAUAAUAAUAAUAAUAAUAAUAAUAAUAAUAAUAAUAAUAAUAAUAAUUAUAAACAGGCAUGUUUUUUGUUUUCUGUUACCAAAUUGCAUGUUGUUUAUGGAUAAAUUGGUAUUUCUCCUGAUUAGUCAAAUGUUUAAACUCAGCAGCAGAUUAUCAUCAUAAAGUGUGAAGCCGGUAGAAUGAGCAUCUAUACUAAUUCCCCUGGCCACCUGUGUGCUAGACCCCAAUAACAAGCUCUCUACCAACACCUUGCGUCUUAAUCCUAGAAUAGCUUCAAGGACCUUGUUUUGUGUCUCAUUAAUUUUGAUUAUUGCAAAGUUUGUGAAAAUCACUAAAUUUACAAUUUCCACUCCUAUAAUAAUGUAAUGAGCAAUUAGAGUUAAUGUAUUUGUUUUCACUGAGUUACAUGGAUUAUGGUAAUAUUUUAUGUAGCAUAUUAAUUAUAAACAUCUUAUUACUUUAAGACUUGAACUUAUAGGCAGAAUAAACUGUCAAUAGUGCAGCAAUACAGUAUAAAAACCUCUACUUGUUGUAUGUAUGUAUAAUAUUGUGCAUUAAAUUAUAUAAGCUUGUAACAAUACCCAAUAUACAUAUGUUCUUGAGUCCAAAGGAUGUAUUUCUAUCUAUUUAAAAUAUCCUAAAUAUAACUAUUUUUUAAAUUGUUUGUUUUUGACCUUUUAAUAUGUAUAAGUCGUGUAUAUCAACUUUACUUUUAUGAAUUUGUCAUUCAAUGAAAAGAUAAGAUAAUUUUACUCUUUUCAUUAAAUAACAGGAUCUCAAAAUGACAUACAAGUAUGUAAUACUGAGUACUAGAAUUUCACAAGAUUAGGCUGAAUAUAUUCAGACAUUUACUGAAUAUUACCAGAAAUACUGUCCUUGUCUUUCCUCUGUGUUUGCUGUAAUGCACUCAUGUAGGCCCUCAGGGACUUGGGUGUUCUUGCUCUUGUGGUCUGAUUAAGUUGCACCUCAGUUUAAUUCUGUCUGAAAAGCAAUUGUCUACUUCUCUGAACAUGACAGUAGAUAUUUCUCAAAUAUUUUUUUUUCCCAAAAUCAAGACUGAUUCACAGUUGUGAUGAUGAAGCAUCCUGUUUUCCUAUGGGUUCGGAUUAAAAAGUCAUGGCCCAUUUUGCAGCAUAAAGACCAGGGAUAAUACACAUCAAGAGCCAAGCAAAUGGUGGUGAUCUAGGGGAUUAACAGAUAAUCCAGUGAGUUACACUGAGAUGUUAUUUUCUCUUGAUCUGAUUUUAUGUACAGAACACAUGCCUGCUCUUGAUAUUCACAUUUUUCACCACCAGACUACACAUAAAUUGCAGUUAUUAUUACCUCAUGCUCAAACUGAAUUAUUUGUGUAUUUAUUGUCUAUUGUAUUAUGUAUUAAAUUUGUAAAAUUAA